CUUCUUAAAUGUUGCUGAAGAUAUUUUAAACUUACCCUCGUUUGCGAAACUUGGACAAUGGUUAAAAUAUCCAGAUCAAAGGAGAAACUUAGCUAAUACUUUAAAAAGAGCUAUUAUUAAAGAAACCAAUAAUGUUGACCUUAAUGACAAAUAUAUGAGUGACAAUGAUGAUACUCCUACAACUGCGGUCAAAUAUGCUAUUCAAAUUCAUCAUAGCAAUGUGCAAGCUAUUCUUAACUCUGGUGUAACUAUCAGUAUUAUUAUGAGUAGUCUAGUCAAACGACUUAAAUUGAAGAUUGAUGAACUAUCAAAAAUAAUCAUAAAUACUGCUAACGGAAAAAGAGCUAGAGCUUUAAGAAAGAUCAAUACCGUCAAAAUAACCAUUAAAUCUAUUCAUAUACUGAUAACUCUACAGGUUAUUGAGUCUCCUGAUGAAAACUUGCUAUUAGGAACUGAUUGGAUUAAGAGAACUAAAGCCAUUCUUGACUUUGUUGAAAGAAAA